GUGUGUGUGUGUUUGUAAAUGAUGGGCUCUGGUUGUCAACGUGCCUGCUCUGCAUCAUCAGACAUUUCACCUCCACUGUAAAUUAAAAAGGAGGAAGAUUGCAUUUAGAUGCAGCUGACAUUUGCAAGUCUGCACGCCGAGGACGCAACACAGUCUGCAGGAUUUUUGGAACAAUUCAAGCGGACUGCAGAGAAAAAGAAAACCGGUAGCAAUUACCCUUUCUCCUGGGGGAGGAUUUUUAAAUAUUAUAUAUUGAAUUAUUUUUUUUUGUGUGGAAUGGCUGGUUAGUGCAGACGGUGAUGCUCCGAGCAGAGGAGGGACGAGGCAGGUGAGGAGGGUCUUUUUCUCCGGAGGAAGGAGCCGCGCAUCCACCUUUUUCUCCACCUGCUCCACCUGACCAUCCGCGGGUGCAUGUGUUCUGUUGCCAUGGCAGCCAUGGGUCCUCUCCUCCCGGUUCUCCUCCUGCUGCUUCAUCUGGCUGAUGGCUCAUUCCCAGAGGAGCCCAGUCCACUCAGCUACGUCCCCCUGGAGGUGGUGAGGAGGUACCCCGUCUUCCUGGGCAGAGCUCAUCGUUCAGCCCAGAGACAAGAGCUGCACAUCCAGACGGUCCUCCAAGUCAACCGCACGCUCUACAUCGGAGCCAGAGAUGAUUUAUACCGAGUGGAGCUGGACAACAUGGCGGGUGAUGAGAUGUUCUACAGCAAGAAACGAACAUGGGAAUCCAACAAGAACGACAUCCGAGUGUGCCGCAUGAAGGGCAAACACGAGGGGGAGUGUCGCAACUUCGUGAAGGUCCUGCUGCGGCAGCACGGAGGUCUGUUUGUGUGCGGCACCAACGCCUUCAACCCGCUGUGCGCCAACUACACCAGAGACACCCUGGAGAUGGUGGGAGAGACCGUCAGCGGGAUGGCGCGCUGCCCGUACGACCCACGCCACGCCAACGUGGCUCUAUUCGCAGAUGGGAGUCUUUUCACCGGCACCGUGACAGACUUCCUGGCCAUCGACGCCGUAAUCUACCGCAGCCUGGGCGACAGCCCCGCCCUACGCACCGUCAAACACGACUCCAAGUGGUUCCGAGAGCCCUACUUUGUGAGCGCCAUGGAGUGGGGGCCUCAUAUUUAUUUCUUCUUCAGAGAAAUGGCAAUGGAAUUUCACCAUCUGGAGAAGGUAAUGGUGUCCCGUGUGGCCCGCGUGUGCAAGUCGGACCUGGGUGGCUCUCAGCGCGUCCUGGAGAAACAGUGGACCACCUUCCUGAAGGCUCGGCUCAACUGCUCCGUCCCGGGAGACUCGCACUUUUACUUCAACCUCCUCCACGCCACCAGCGGCAUCAUCCGCAUGCGAGGCCGAGAUGUCAUCCUGGGUCUCUUCUCCACGCCCCCCAACAGCAUUCCCGGGUCUGCCGUGUGUGUGUUUGACAUGCAGCAGCUGGCCCACGCCUUCGAGGGACGCUUCAAAGAGCAGAAAUCCCCAGAGUCCAUUUGGACACCGGUACCAGACGAGGCUGUCCCCAGACCGAGACCUGGAGGAUGCGCGGUCCAGGGAUCCAGAUUUAGUACGUCCACCACGCUGCCAGAUGAGGUAUUAAACUUUGUGAAAACCCACCCUCUGAUGGACGAGACGGUGCCGCUGCUAGGGCACAGACCGUGGGUGGUCAAGACAAUGGGACGGUACCAGUUGACAGCUAUGGUGGUGGACACAGAAGCCGGCCCCCAUAGGAACCGUACAGUUCUGUUCCUGGGCUCCACCCGAGGGACCAUUCUCAAGUUCCUAAUGAUUCCCAGUGAUCCGGUGUCCCACAGCAGUGUCUUCCUGGAGGAGGUGGAGGGUUUCAACCCGGACAAGUGUGGCGAGGACUCCGCUCAGGCUCGCCAGCUGCUGUCUCUGACCUUAGACCGUGCCAGUCACACGCUGUUGCUGGCCUUCCCCUCCUGUUUGGUCCGCGUGCCCACGUCCCGCUGCCACCUGCACGCCCGCUGCAUGAAGAGCUGCCUUGCCUCAAGAGAUCCGUACUGUGGUUGGACCAGAGGCAGCACCUGUGCUUUCCUGAGACCGGGAACCAGGCUCCCUUUCCAACAAGAUGUGGACUAUGGAAACACCACCUCGCAUUUAGGAGACUGUGAUGGCCUCCUCCAGCAGAGCCUUCUAAUAGAACCCGAGAGUCUGGUCUCCCUCAAUCUACUGGUGGCCUCUGCAGUCUCAGCAUUCACCAUCGGGGCGGCGCUCUCAGGGCUGGCCGUCUGCUGGAUCAUGGCUCACAAGCCUGCCAACCGUCGCCAUGGCAACACCGCCCAGUCGUCUAUCCAGCGGCGUGAAAGGGGCCUAUUAACUGGCGCCGGUGGAAUGGGAGGCUCUGUGCUCAGCGUGACGCGUCAGGGAGGCGGCGAGCGCCCCUGCAAUCAGGGCGGGGAGACCCUGUUCGUGAUGCCCAACGGUUGGGUGAAAUCCGGGGAUCUGGACCCAGGUUUCCUCCCCACCCCGGAGCACACGCCCCAGCAGAAACGCAGAGGCCUGCGCCUGUCUGACUCUAACUCCGGGGGAUGGGACACCAGCCAGACCUAUUUGGGGGGAGGCUCUGUGGGUCUGGGCUCCCCCUGUCGUAUUCCCCCCUCCGUCUACCUGACCACCCGACUGUUUCAGCAAGGGGGCGGCGGCCGGCACGGUGGCGAGGGCCGGGGCUGUGACACGCCCCGACAGCACUACGUCUGCUUAAGCAAGCAAGAGAAAGGAGUGAAGGGGACUCCCAAAGCCCCCCUGAGGAAGUCUGCGGGGGAAUACGUGUACCCCAUGACGCCCCAGGACUCCCCUGAGCGCAGGAGGGUGGUCUCAGCACCCAGCGCCACCGUGGAGCACAGCGAGCCUCUGCCUUUGCGCUGGCCAGCCCAGGAAGGCUACAUCCUCAGCAGCCACGCCAUGGUACCCGUCCCCUUGCCCCCUCCCUCAAUGGCCGCCCCCAGCAGCCAGACAUACCAACAGCACACCCCGGCUCUGACCAGGGCUAUGUUGAGGGGGGCACUGGAGCGAGGGGAGCUUGGCGAGCUGAUGGACCUGAGCCUGCUCAUAAAGAAGAACUGCAACGACAGAACUCAGGCCGGGCACUGAUUGCAGAGGAAAUCAAGGGCCUGCACGGGGGCCAUUUCCACGUCUCUUUGCAUCGACUCGUCUUUAGCCUCACCCAACAUUCCCCCAGCCCCCUCAUCUCUGGACAUUGUAUUUCUUUGUCAUUGAAGCCCUCUUCCCUUCUGUCUCAGGCGACCGCCACCUACCCUUUUGGGGAGGAUCUCGUCACGCCUGCCGGUUUUUUACUGGCUGGCACUAAUUGGUAAGACGGACAGCGGUCGUUGCUGCGGAGCUGCCUUGCCUGCAGGCGGAGAGAGGGGCCCAAGGAUGAAGGAGAAGAAGGCCCUUCAUGGCUGAAGUGAAGCGAGACUAACGAAUACUAGCAACCUGAUGAAAGACUUGGCACACAACUUUUGAUCGGACAACUCUGUGUUUCUAAUGAGGUUUAAACAGUUUGGGGACGGGUCUUGGCUGUGUCCAGGUGCAGAAAGUGUAGAAAGUCCAGUCUGGAAGACUCUGAAACCGCUGUGACAGAACUCUAUAAUAUAUUCCGUAGACUUAAGGAUGAGCUUUUGAAUACUUUGAUCAAUCUCUCUCGGAAUGUUACCAACUCCUGCUUUGGUGCCAAGACUGCAUCGACAGCACCUCCGCUGGCUACGGCCGAGUACUGCACUCAAAACUUUUGAUCGGAUAACUCGGUGUUUCCAAUGAGGUUCAAACAGUUUGGGGACGGGCCUUGGCUGUGUCCAGGUGCAGAAAGUGUUGAAAGUCCAGUCUGGAAGACUCUGAAACCGCUGCGACGGAACUCUAUAAUAUAUUCCGUAGGCUUAGGGAUGAGCUUUUGAAUACUUUGAUCAAGUUCUCUCGGAAUGUUACCAACUCCUGUUUUGGUGCCAAUACUGCACCGACAGCACCUCCACUGGCUACGGUCGAGUACUGCACUCAAUACCUACCACGCCCAUCCCUAAUGGGUAAUAAGCCAUCCGUCGUUCCACACUUGUGGGGUGAUGGCCAACCGGGUUUGGUGCACGUCGUACAGAUCCUGGACAUCAAGGCGCUUACAUGACUCCUCAAAAGUCGUCGUUAGGAUCAACGGGAAACAAAAGGAAGAGGCUCAUCUGCUUCGUCUUAGUCCACAUGUGACUGUGGUUAUUCUGUGCAAACAGGCGGCGUGUUAAAUGCCUCUGAUAGUCCAAGUUAGCCAGGCGGGGUCGUAACUCUUCAGAGAGGGGAGCGCAAGAAUGAAAUGUCAGCAGUAUUCCUGCCAGCCGCAUGCACUCUGUGACGACCAUCUCCGUCUCCCUUUGCCUCUUGUACGACUUAAUGGCCCGUAACUCCACAAGGAAGUCCCUGGAAAGGUUUUUGCACCAGAAAGGAAGAAAGGGGGAAUUGGGAAUGCUUAGUCUUUUCCCACACAUAUUUAUUCCAGUUGUAAUAUUAAACGCCGUCAAGCUCAAAACGGGUAAAAAAAAACAAAAAAAAUCCCCGAACCGAGGCCGAGUUGGAAACUCCAAAGCCAACAGGUGUGAUGCAAAUGGCGCCGUGAGUCCGAGGUGCCACGAGAGUCAGCAUUUAAAUCAGCAUAACGUUGAGCGACGACAACAAUGUGCUUUGUUACUAUAGGUGUGCUUUGUGGCGUGCACCAGUCCUGUAGUUCAUGUACAUAGUCUGGUUCCACUCCGACAUUGUUUUGAUGCGGUCAUUACAACUAUGAAUGUCAAAUACAAACAAACUGUUUAUAAGGUAAGUUGUUAUAAAUCCUCCUUCCUUUAAAGUCUACAAUAUUCCGAAUUGAAGAGGUUUUUUUUUAUUGAUUUCACUGGAUUUUAAAGAGACUUGAAUCGGUUGUUUCAAAAACAAUAAAGGAAAGACCUGAUGAUUGCGCUGUAACUGCGAGUCAAUCACACCACCAGUGAGGACUGCCAGUCCCUUCCA